AAUGGUGAUUUAGUGGAAUCUAUUUCAUUUGCUCUUAUGCUAUCUCGUUUGCAAUUGUUUCAACAACAACGAUCCCAGCUUGAAAGAAGAAACCUUCCCACCUUCAUCUUCAUCACCGAUAGGGAGGAUAGCCUAAUAUGGCAGAUGAAACCGACCGAAGACUCGAUGCGGCUGUCAAUGAGGCUUUUGAUGAAUAUUUUGAAGAAACAUACAACAGUAUUCUGGAGAAUCGAACUACAAAAAAAAAGAAACGUGCGUACGUCGAAAGAAACCGAGAAGCGGGCCACAGCCGUCUAUGGAAUGACUAUUUUAGUGAAGCUCCGACAUUUCCGCCUCAUUUAUUCAGACGCCGUUUCCGCAUGAGCAAGGAAGUAUUCAUGCGGAUUGUCGACACCCUCUCAGCAAAUGCUCCAUUUUUUCAACAAAGAAGAGAUGCAGUCGGAAGGUUAGGUCUAUCAACAUUACAAAAGUGUACUGCAGCUAUCCGUAUGCUUGCGUACGGCUCUGCGGCUGACGCCGUCGACGAAUAUCUCCGACUAGGUGAAAGCACAUCACUUUCAUGUUUAACAAAUUUUACAGAAUGUAUAAUACAACUAUUUGGAAAUGAGUAUCUACGAAGACCCACUCCAGAGGAUCUUCAGCGACUACUCGAUAUUAGAGAGAUACGCGGCUUUCCGGGGAUGAUAGGAAGCAUCGAUUGUAUGCAUUGGGAAUGGAAGAAUUGCCCAACAGCUUGGAAAGGACAGUACACACGUGGAUCGGGAAAGCGGACAAUUGUCUUGGAGGCUGUAGCUUCACAAGAUCUUUGGAUAUGGCACGCAUUUUUUGGUCCUCCAGGUACAUUAAACGAUAUUAACGUCCUUGAUCGGUCACCUGUUUUUGAUGACAUUUACCAAGGCCGCGCUCCAAGGGUAACAUACAUGGUCAACGGACACCAGUAUGAUUUGGCUUACUACCUCACUGACGGUAUAUAUCCAAAAUGGUCAACAUUUAUCCAGUCCAUCACACUCCCUCAAGGUCCUAAAGCAGCGUUAUUUGCUAAAGUUCAAGAAGCUACCCGAAAAGAUGUGGAACGUGCUUUUGGUGUAUUGCAAGCUCGAUUUGCGAUAGUGAAAAACCCAGCUCUAUCAUUGGACAAGGAAAAAAUAGGGAAUAUUAUGAGAGCGUGUAUCAUACUACACAAUAUGAUCGUCGAAAACGAAAGAGGUGGUUACACUCAGUACGAUACAUCGGAAUUUGAAGAAGGAGAGUCGAGCAGAAGUUCACAUGUAGAGCAUACUAACAACAUGCCUUCACAUUUCGGUAAUAUGCUUGGUCUACGGAAUCAUGUUCGAGAUAGGCGUACACACGAAGCAUUGAAAAAUGAUUUAAUCGAAAAUAUUUGGAACAAGUUUGGUAAUGAUGAAGAUGUUUAAUUAUUGUAUGUUUGCUUUUAAUCAUUGAAUAAAAAAAAUUAAAUUUUUUU